AUGAAUAAAUUUUAUAUUAAAAUUUUUUUUUUUCUUAUAAGCAUCUUCGUAUAUGUGAAUAAUACAUCCUUUGCAACUGAGCUUGAUUCACCCGAUGAUUCUUUAGAACAUUCUUUAAAGAUGGGAAUAUUUAUGAAAAAUAAUAAUCUUAUAACGGAACCAGCUUCAGACAUAGAUUUUCUAGUCAAAUCAAAUAUAUCCCAAAUUGAUUUGAUAAAAACUGUCAAAAAUAAUGUUACCCCAGACAAAGAAUAUCUAGACUACAUUACUCAAGACAAAGACUAUUUAGAUAAUCUUAUUCCAAACAAAGAAUAUCUAGACUACAUUACUCAAGACAAAGACUAUUUAGAUAAUCUUAUUCCAAACAAAGAAUAUCUAGACUACAUUACUCAAGACAAAGACUAUUUAGAUAAUCUUAUUCCAAACAAAGAAUAUCUAGACUACAUUACUCAAGACAAAGACUAUUUAGAUAAUCUUAUUCCAAACAAAGAAUAUCUAGACUACAUUACUCAAGACAAAGACUAUUUAGAUAAUCUUAUUCCAAACAAAGAAUAUCUAGACUACAUUAAUCAAGACAAAGACUAUUUAGAUAAUCUUAUUCCAAAUAAAGAUGCUCAAGAGUUUGAAAAUCAUGAAAAUCGAGACUUACUAUCGUGUACUGAUUAUGAAGAAGCUAAAAAAGCAUCAGAAAUUAUGUGCGAUUGUAAUCAAAUAGUAAAAAUGUUAUAUGAACCCAAGGAUUUAUAUGGUUUCGGUUCCAAUGAUAGUAAAGUUUUAUUUAUACCAAGAAUUGUCCUCAAACACAAUUCAAAUUUGGUACUGAUACAAAAAUAUAGCGUCACACCAUUCCAUAAAUAUAAUUUUGGGUUAUUUACAAUAGCUGAAGAAUCGAAUACAACAUUUUUUGCCAAUACAUCGAUAAAUAUAAAUGACGAAACCAGUGCCAAUAAAAAAAAGGGCAAAAAAGGUGUAAACUUGCUCAAUGAUCAUAUUGAUUUUGACGAUAUUAUUAGACAGAUAGUAUUAAAAAAUAUGUUUGCUAAUUUUUUCGGAUUUAUUAUCACAAAAGAAUACGAUCACGUUGGUGUUACCUAUGUCGAAUCCAACCGACAUGAUAAAUCCUAUCCAAAAAAUUAUGAUAAGAUAAAACGUAGAGCACAAAAUAUGUUAAAUUUAAUGAACAUAUUGCUAUAUGGAUUUAAAGGUUAA